ACAAGCCCUCAGAAAGGGGACACCUAUUUCCAUAAUAAUUAUAAUUUUAUCAUUUAAAGCUUUAUAGUCUCUGUGAUCCUGUUGGCAUCCGAUUUGGAUUCUGGAGCCCACAGGCUCUGAGGCAUCCAUACCCCAGUGAUCUCCCUCCCCUCGCCCCUUGUUCUAUUCAGAGUACUGAAGCCCUUUAAAAAAAAAAACACACACUACAUUUUCCAAUGUCAGCUACUUCCUGCUCUCAUUAACUCCAUCCUCAGUGACUUAGCCAGACUCUGCUCCUGGCCUGAAGCAGAGAGCAGACUGUCCAAAUCAAAGGUCCCUCAGGCCCGUCACCAGGUCAGCAUCAAGGUCUCUCCCAAGGACGCUGAGAUGAAAACAGCAGAAGAGCCAACCUCAAGUCUUGGGCAGACCCUGGAGUGGCUGAGAAAGGAGCUGGCUGAGAUGCAGGUCCAAGACCAGAGACUUCUGCUCACGCUGAAGCAUCUUCACAGUGUCCUGCAGGAGCUGCGUGCAGAGAGUGCCCACUGGGAGGAUGCCAGAUCCAGUGGCGGAGCCUCCCCCAUCAGACCUCGGGCAGGCUCUGAAGGCAGGAACCACCAGCCCUUUUCCUCCAGGGGCCUGGCCCAGCUUCUCCAAGGGGCAGACAGCAGACGAAGCUCCCUCCCUUAACAGGCCAGAGAUGACCCUGACUUUAAACCCUCCCCCCACUAGUCUAAACUUUGAUUGUGAUGAGAGCGAGCACUGGAAUGGGAGUCAGGAAGGCCGGUCUCUGGGUUCACCCCUGCCCUCAUUCACUGUGUGUCCCUGGACCUGUCACUCAGCUUCUCUGUGUCACUCUUUCCUCUCCUGUCACUUCUCAGGGUUUUUACACAAAUGAAGUAUCAGAUGUGAACACAUUUGGAAAACGCAAACAUGUUACAUGGCUUCUGGCAAGCACCAUGGUGGUAAUCCUAUUCUUAGGAAUUUCCCACAAGGUGAUUGUUAAAACGAAGAAAGAGCUCAGUGUGCCUGGAUGUUUAUCUAGUGUUGCCAUGGCAAAAAUACAGAACCCCGUGCAGUGACUUGAUGGUUGUUUUCUGUCUUCCCAGCAGGCCUUCUUAUUCCCCUUUAUCUGAAAGAAACAGGCCCUACAACCAGCCUGGCCAUAAGGAUGGGCAUGUAACCAGGCCUGGCCAGUUACAAUUCAUGGUCAUCCUAACAACAUGAUUGGUCCAAUGAGUGGACAUGUGGCUCAACAGAGCCAUCACAGCCCUUCUCUGGGAUUGCCCUCUUGAUUCUUGUUCUACUGCGGUCACAAACCUGGGGGUGCCAGUGGCCAUGACUCCUGUCAGGUGAGGGAGACCUGCUGGCAGUAGGAAAGAAAGAGGCUAAUCUUCAAAGAGAAGCAGAGAGAGGACCACACAAGAGAUGGGCAGAGAGGAAGGGUGCUGGCUCUUUUUAGUCCCUGGUUUCAGACCCUAAUUCUGUGAGUUACUCCUGCUGUCUUGCCAGAGCAGAAGCCAGUAGAUUCUACCACCACCACCCACAAAGGCACACACCAGUUUGUUUUUGCUUAAGCUGAUUUGAAUAAGGUUUCCCUUACUUGCAACCAAAAUAGUCCGGAUGGUCAAAGAAGCAAAGAAGAGAAAUCAAGAAAAAAAAUGGCAUUUCUGACAACCGAGUUUGGCAGGCAGGAAACAAGGUGUAUGUUGUGGCAGAACCCUCAAUUCUUUGGGGUGUGGGAGUCAUAACUUUGAAAAAUUAUAUCUGCCUAUAAGAAAGAUAUAAAUGGAACAGGUGAAAAUAAAGUCCUGGUGUUAACAUGGUC